UUGUGAAUCACAUAAACUCUUCAAUUUGGAGGAAGAAGCACUUUGUUCGAAAAAAAAAAAAUUGUUUCACUUACUAAUAGUUUAAAUAUACGAAUAAAUGUCAGGUCUCGAACCUCUUGGAAUCCCUGGUGGGGACCAUCUCCGCGAAGCCCUCACAAACUGCUCGGAUCCACUGGCUGCCAUUGAAGAGUUCCAGCAGGAGAAUGGCGUACUCCUACCGUCUCUAAAACCUGCUCUCCCAUUUUUAGAUCUUCAUGGUGUCAAAAGAUGUGAAUUUCACCAAUCAGUACUGGAGGAAGUUCGGGAAAAACUGAUACAGAAAAUAAACGAAGUGGUUAAUGGAGAUGAUAAAGAACGUUUUCAAAAGAUUGAGACCAUGUUAGAGAAGAGUUUUUGUGUGAUAAGAGUGGCAUCACUAAGGCCUGUUAUAAUGAACAUGUUGAAAACUUUACCUAAGAUUAAAGAUGUUUAUCUGAAAGAGAUCCUUGAUGAUAAAGAAUUGUAUAAAGAAGCUGCAACAGAAGUGAAGAGACAGAUUUGGGAAGAAAAUCAGGCGCUGUUUGGAGACGAGGUUUCACCAUUGCUCUCUCAGUAUAUCAGGGAAAAGGAAAACACUUUGUUUAGUCAUGAGAAUUCAUUAUCAACAUUUUUCUUAAUGUCUCCAAAAGCAAGACGCCAAGGUGAAGUCGUUCAGAAGCUUACACAUAUGGUUGGGAAAAGCGUUAGGCUUUAUGAUAUGGUGUUACAGUUCCUCAGAACUCUGUUCUUACGGACAAGGAAUAUGCAUUACUGUACACUAAGGGCAGAGCUUUUAAUGUCUUUGCAUGAUCAAGAAGUGAAUGACAUUUGUGCAGUUGAUCCAUGUCAUAAGUUUACGUGGUGUGUUGAUGCAUGUAUAAGAGAAAAAUUUGUUGACUCCAAACGCGCAAGAGAGUUACAAGGUUUCUUGGAUGGGAUAAAAAGGGGACAGGAGUUUGUUCUUGGUGAUUUGUCAAUGAUUCUUUGUGAUCCAUAUGCCCUCAACACAGUGGCUCUCUCCAUUAUGAAAGCUCUCCAACAGUGUAUUAACAACGAUGUUUUACCAAGAGAAAGUACAGACAUUAUCCUAUUGCUACGAAUGCUUGGUUUGGGUCUUGGUGCCUGGGAUAUGAUAGACAGUCAGGUUUUCAAAGAACCAAAACUGGAACCAGUUCUGAUAACAAAGUUUCUGCCAACCCUUGCUGGUACCGUAGUUGAUGAUCAGAUACGUCCAGUGGUUGCCCGUCUCUCUGAUGAAGCACAGCCAGUGCAACGCCCACCUUCACAACUGUUUCUCAUCUUUAUAAAAGAGAGUGAAGUAGCUGCCAUGAUGGCUCUAUAUUAUACUUUACAGGUUUGUAAAAAUCGUGACAAGGUUGCCAUUUGUCAGAUGCUGCCGUGUCUGACAAUUUGUCAGAGUGAGCGCCAUUUUGAUGACACCUUCCUUCAUUCCCUUGUAUCUUAUCUUAUCUCCAUGGCUGAAGAGUUUACCAAUGAUGACUUCCAUGAGGUGGUUUUCAACCAAUUCUUUAAGAGUGGUAUGUCCAAACAUAAUGUGUUGCGUCACAUGUUACGCCUUGUUUAUUACGUCCACCCGAGAAUCCCGCAAGAAAAGCUGACUGUUUUGAUGGAAGCCUUAAAACCAAAUCAAGGGCAUAGUGAUAUAAUUAAUACCACGUACAAUGCCCUAGUGGAUAAGAUUGAAUCAUAUCAGCCAAGUCCUACAGCUCAAGCAGAACGUCUAGAUUCCCCAUUGAUGAGUGUUCCGGCUCCAACACCGGCCAUGAUGUGAGAUGUAUAGAUCCACGAUGAGAAUGAAAGAUAAAUUUUGUACAUCUGAAGACAACGAUGAUGAUGAUGUUUCAGCUCAAAAGCCACACACAAUUUGAGGCAUAGGUCAUGGGUCAAUCAAAAGAGGUGUGACGAUAGUAAUCAUGCAUGUGCUU